AAUGGGAAGCAAAUUGAGACUUAAUGCGAAUGUUCUAUGUCAUUUUAGUUUUACCCUCUCUAAUCCUGAAAAAGCAACUUUAGAUAAAACCACAAAGAUUUUCUCUGAAUUUGGUUCAGAGAAUGUUGUAGUAACUAAAGUUGGUUCUACAAAGUCAGUAUUGUUGAAACUAGCUUGUGCUGCAGUGGACUCUUUUGUAUUCAGUGUUCAUAUUCCAAUAUAUUUUACACCUAGUAGUGAUCCAUGGUCUUUGGCAUCAGUACAUCCAGGAAAAAUAAUUCAAAUACAAAAAUCCACCCAGUCUAUAUCAGAAAUUCACUUGGAUGCAAGUUUUAAACUUUCACCUAUGAAUUAUAAAGAAAUGGAUGGACUUAUUGGUGACAUUGGGAAAAAGAAAUAUAAAUUUCACUCUGAAGUUCAAUCUGAUGGGCAAAUUGGAUCAAAGUCUAUUUCAAUUGACAUUGAUAACAAGUUAAUAAAAGGGAAAAAAGUGGAAAGAAACAAAGAAGAAUGUUGGCUGAUUAAUGUUGAUGAUAUUUUAAAACCAUUUAAAAUAUCAGAAUAUUUAUACAAAGUUAUGGAAGAUUCUGAAAAUGCCAUUCCUAACCAAUAG